UGCUACGUCGUCGUUUUACGUCAAAUUGCGAAGGUGGUACCGGCAGCAUUUAUUGAUAUGAAGAGAUUUUAAAUUAAGAUUUAUUAGUUAUAUUGAAUAAAUAAUUAAAUAAUCAAUCAAGCACAUUGUGAUUCUAAUAUAAAAAUAUGUUUUUUAGGGAAUUGUCGGUGUUAUUAUGCACCAUAGUAUUAUGCAGUGCAAUACUACAAGGUACAAUCGACGUGAAACGGUUGCAAGGUAUACUUGAAGAAGGAAUAAAAAGCAAAGAAUUGAGCUCAGUGUACUAUUCCCUUAGAGGUUUAAAAGUACUCAAUGCUAAAAUUCCUGAUAUUUGCCAGGAUUUAAAAUCAGCACAGUAUGAUCCCAAGAAUAUUGAACAAGUUUUCUACCUUACGAAUGCUGCUGAACUAUCUGGCUGCCAAAAUUUCCUGACACCAAAUGUGUUGAGUGGGACAUCUCAGAUAUUGGACAAGAAGGAUCCCACUCUUGCUGAGUUAUAUCAUGCAGUUUAUUCUAUGAAAGUAUAUAAGAAAGCUACCAUCUAUGAUAAAGAAGAUGCACUGAAGAAUCUUAUUCAAUUAUUGAAGAAAGAUGACACACCAAUUAACUAUGGCUAUGUAUUUGCCCUUUGUGAACACAUGGGAUGUGGUGCGUGGACCGCUCAGCAUUCUGAGGGCAUCUUGCUAUCAGCUGAUGAGAGUGAUGGAAAGAGUCUGCAGUUUGAGGGAGGCCUGCCUGUCACUUCCUUCCUGCUGACUACUAUUCUAAGAACAUUCAAAUCGCUCAAGAAGUCGUCCCCGCUAUCUGACGAGCAGAGACACAAGUUCGCAGCAUACCUCGUGUCGCGCCGCUCCGCUACUACACCUAGAGCCGCUGCUUUACUGUUGGAAGCUGCGUACGCUAUUGCUGAUGAUCAGCCAACUCCAAUCAGUGUGUCCUUCAAAGACAGAAAGUACAUCACAUCAGAAAUAGACACAAUUGAGUUCUCCGUCACUGAUCUGAUCGCGAGACCGAUCCCCUACCUCAAGCCGGAAGAAGUUGUCGCCCAAUCAGGAACCAGACUCGCUGAUGACGUAGUUGUCCUAUCCAAACAACCGCUCACGCAGAAAGCCAACGAUCCGACGACUUUCGUCCUUAACUUGAGCAAGAUUAAGACUCAAUAUGGCAUGUACAAGAUCUCCCUUGCAACUGGAUCUAAAUCGGCGAACUUUGUCGUAGCGGUGUUGGGAGAAAUUCAAGUGAACAGCUUGGAAGUUGGUAUCGGUGAUGUGGACGGUACUACUAGCCCGAAAUUGACAACACUGACAUACCCCAAUAAGUUGACUGAUGUGCUGCAGGCUGAUCAUUUGCAGAAGGUGUCGCUCAAGUUCACGGUAAAGGACAAGUGGAACAAGGCGGUUGUGGUGCAGCAAGCGUUUGUGAGAAUCGCACCCAUCGACGACACCACUGAGGCACUGUUCGUUGCAGAGCCUGAUAAUAUGAAGGCAUAUAAGGUGGACUUAAACGUGGGCUCAAUCGCCAAACACGUGGGCGGUGUGUCGGGCUCGUACGCAGUGAGCGUGGUGGUGGGCGACAGUGCGGCCGCCGCGCCGCUGCGGUGGGACGUCGGCACCGUGGCGUUCAACUUCGGGAAGGACUCCGCUCUUGCGAUAGAGCGCAGUACAUCUCCCCCCGCCCCGCCCCGCGCGGCGCUGCCCGAGCUGGCGCACACGUUCCGCGCGCCAGACGCGCGCCCGCCGCGGCUCGUGUCGGACGUGUUCGCGGCUGCGUGCGCUGCGCCGCUGCUGCUGCUGCUCGUGCUCUGGGCGAGAUUGGGACUCAACUUUGGAAACUUCCCCGUGACGCCCGCGGCGCUCGUGUUCCAUUUGGCGUUGGGAGCAUCUCUCGGUCUAUACGCGCUGUUCUGGCUGCAACUGUCGAUGUUCGCGACACUGCGCUACCUGCUGCCGCUGGGCGCGCUCACGUUCCUGUCGGGCCACCGCCUGCUGCGCCGUCUCGCUGACAAGAAGCGCGCCUAGUGUAGUGUACAUGUAGCUUAAUAAAUUAUACAUUGUC